ACUAACUUAGUACUAAGAAUUAGUCAUUUCCACGCGUGCGUUCGGUUCGGACGCACAGUAAAUAAAUUUUAUUACGAGAACUAAAUAACCUUCAAGCAUCGAAUUUUAAUAAAUUUGUCGUUUGUAAAUUUAAUCGGACCUAAUUACUACCAAAUUUUCGCCCAUCGGUGGAAGUUUUAUAAACGCGUGAGUGAAAAACAACAAAGAUGUCGGCAAAGGCGAUUAGAGAAGCGACUGGAAAAGAUUUAAUAAAUCGUAAGCUUCGCAGCGGAACAACAGCAGCUAAAUGUCGUUUUGUUGCUAUAGACGAAACAACUAAUUGGUCAACAAUUGCGGAUGAACAUCCUUGGUUAAAGACCGAAAAACUAGUCGUUAAACCAGAUCAACUGAUAAAAAGACGAGGAAAACUUGGAUUGAUUAAAGUUAACGCUGAUUUGCCAACGGUUAGACAAUGGGUAGAAGAGAGGAUCAAUAAAGAACAAAAGGUUGAAAAAGCAACUGGAAAACUCAAGACGUUUAUUAUUGAACCUUUUGUGCCGCAUAAACCUGAAGAAGAAGCUUACGUCUGUAUCUAUUCUCACCGUUCAGCAGACACUAUUUUGUUUCAUCAUGAGGGUGGAGUUGAUGUUGGCGAUGUUGAUGCAAAAGCACUCAAACUUGAUGUUCCAGUUGGCCAAGAACUUCCAGAUCAAGAUACUUUGAUCAACAAACUUCUUGUAAAUGUUCCAGAGGCUAAGAAAAAAAUGAUUGCCGAAUUUAUAGACGCCCUUUACAAUAUUUACGUUAAUUUAUACUUUACAUACAUGGAAAUAAAUCCAUUGGUGGUGACUGAUGAUACUAUUUACAUUCUUGAUCUUGCGGCUAAACUCGAUACCACCGCUGACUUUAUUUGCCGACCUGAUUGGGGUGAAAUUAAUUACCCACCGCCAUUCGGACGUGAUGCAUACCCAGAAGAAGCUUACAUCGCUGAUUUGGACGCUAAAUCUGGCGCAAGUUUAAAAUUAACUAUUUUAAAUCCACAGGGUCGUAUCUGGACAAUGGUAGCUGGUGGUGGUGCUUCGGUUAUCUACUCAGACACAAUUUGUGAUUUAGGUGGUGCCUCUGAGUUGGCUAAUUACGGAGAAUAUUCAGGUGCACCUAGCGAACAACAGACAUACGAGUACGCUAAAACUCUUUUGAGUUUAAUGACGAAAGAAAAACAUCCUGAUGGAAAAGUACUGAUUAUCGGUGGAGGUAUUGCUAACUUUACAAAUGUUGCUGCUACAUUCAAGGGAAUCGUUAAAGCACUCCAGCAAUUCCAGCCAUUACUUGUUGAGCAUGAAAUAAAAAUAUUCGUAAGACGUGCUGGUCCAAAUUAUCAAGAAGGGCUGAGAAUAAUCCGUGAAGUAGGACGUCGUUUGGGAAUUCCAGUAUAUGUAUUUGGUCCUGAAACACACAUGACAGCUAUAUGUGGAAUGGCAAUGGGAACAAAACCAAUCCCGGAUCCAGAAGCUCAAGAAUUUUCUACUGCUAACUUUCUUUUACCAUCAGGACAAGACGUUGGCCCUACAUCACCACUAAACACUAAAUCCACGGCAGCUUCACCGCCAGAAAAGCAACCUAAAGUAAAAACAGUCGAUUCCGUAGACUCUGCUGGAUCGCAACAACUUUUCAGCAAAACAACACGCGCUAUUAUUUGGGGAAUGCAAACAAGAGCAGUCCAAAGUAUGCUGGACUUUGAUUUUGUUUGCAGAAGAUCUGUUCCUUCAGUAGCAGCGGUUGUUUAUCCAUUUGUCGGUGAUCAUAAACAGAAGUUUUAUUGGGGUCACAAAGAAAUUUUAAUUCCUGUUUACAAACAAAUGAAAGAUGCCAUGACGAAACAUCCGGACGCUGAUGUAAUGGUCACAUUUGCAUCAUUACGUUCUGCGUAUGAAAGUACUGUAGAAACUCUUCAAUUUCCACAAAUACGUACGAUUGCCAUUAUUGCGGAGGGUAUUCCAGAAAAUAUGACGCGUAAACUUAUUUUAAUGGCUCAUGAAAAGAAUGUUACGAUAAUUGGACCCGCAACGGUUGGCGGUGUUAAACCAGGAUGCUUUAAAAUAGGUAACACCGGUGGUAUGAUGGAUAAUAUUCUUCACAGUAAAUUAUAUCGUCCUGGCAGUGUGGCCUAUGUAUCAAGAUCUGGUGGUAUGUCCAAUGAACUAAAUAAUAUAAUAUCAAAAGCGUCAAACGGCGUGUUUGAAGGUGUAGCGAUUGGUGGCGACCGUUAUCCCGGUACAACAUUUAUGGAUCACAUAAUGCGUUAUCAAAAUAACCCAGAAUCAAAAUUGAUCGUACUCCUGGGUGAAGUCGGUGGAGUUGAAGAGUAUGAGGUCUGUGAAGCAUUAAAAAGUGGAAAAAUAACCAAACCAUUAGUAUCAUGGUGUAUUGGUACGUGUGCAUCAAUGUUCAAAUCAGAAGUUCAGUUUGGUCAUGCUGGAUCUAUUGCUCACAGCAAUCUUGAGACAGCAUCUGCUAAAAAUGCAGCCUUGAAAGCUGCUGGAGCUUUCGUCCCAGACAGUUUUGAUACUCUCGGAGAUUUGAUUGGCUCUGUGUACCAUAACUUGGUCGAAAAUGGUACGAUUGUUCCAGAACCAGAAGUACCACCACCUACAGUGCCUAUGGACUACUCAUGGGCUCGUGAAUUAGGAUUAAUUAGAAAGCCAGCCUCGUUUAUGACAUCUAUUUGCGAUGAACGUGGACAUGAACUGUUGUACGCUGGUGUACCAGUUACUGAAGUAUUGAAACAAAAUGUUGGAAUUGGUGGGGUUGUUUCUUUACUUUGGUUCCAAAAAUGUUUACCACCUAUUUACUGUAAAUUUUUGGAAAUGUCGUUGAUGUUGACGGCUGAUCAUGGGCCAGCAGUAUCUGGUGCGCACAACACAAUCGUUUGUGCACGUGCUGGUAAAGAUCUUGUCAGUUCACUAGUAUCUGGAUUACUGACUAUUGGAGACAGAUUCGGUGGUGCUCUUGACGGUGCCGCACGAAUGUUCUCCGAAGCAUAUGACGCGGGUCUUCAUCCACAAGAAUUUGUCAACAAUACACGGAAAAAAGGCCAACUUAUUAUGGGUAUUGGACAUCGUGUUAAGAGUAUCAAUAAUCCUGAUAUGAGAGUCAAACUCAUUAAAGAAUAUGUAAUGGAAAGUUUUCCUGCAAAACCAUUGGUCGAAUAUGCUCUUGAAGUUGAGAAAAUUACUACUAGCAAAAAACCUAAUCUUAUUUUAAAUGUUGAUGGUAUGAUUGCAUGCGCAUUUGUUGAUAUGCUCAGGAAUUCUGGAUCAUUUACGAGAGAAGAAGCACAAGAGUAUAUUGAGAUAGGAGCAAUAAAUAGUUUAUUUGUUCUUGGACGAAGUAUUGGGUUUAUUGGUCAUUACAUGGAUCAAAGAAGACUAAAACAAGGAUUAUACAGACAUCCUUGGGACGAUAUCUCAUACGUCUUGCCAGAGCAGUACAAUUAAAUAUUGACGAUUAUAAAGAAAAAAACUAGGAAAAAAAAUAUUAAUUUUUUUUUCGCCAAAAAAAUUUUCAUUUCAUCCGUCUUAAGAACAGUUAAAAAAUGGUGUACAAUUUUACAUUUCUUAAUCAAUUUUUAUGUUGAAUUCGUAUUUUUUUUUUAUUAAUGAAUUAUUAUAUAUAUAUAUAGAUUAAAUUUUUUGUUUAAUAGCACUUGUUACGCAGAUAGAAAAGCACGGAAAAAUAUAAAGAAAAAUUUUAUUUCAAAUAGUUAAAAAAAAAAACUUAAGAGCAGUCGUGACGCAAAUUUAGCCAGCACAUUUUAGAUAAAUUAAAUCGAUCUUAUCUAAACAUAAGUAAUAAAAAAAUUUAAUAGCGAAAUUUCUGAUCGUCAUGCACGCUCUUGUUCGUCCGACUUUGCUCAAUUUAAUAAUAACUAACAUUUCUAAUAGAAAUGAACAAAAUAACGAAUUUAAGUAAAGUACUAAAAUAAUUUAUAACAUUUUUUUUUAUUUCUUUUUCGUUGCUUAACAUUCCUUUUAUUGCAUUUUAAUAUUUAAAUAUUUUAUAAUGUAUGAAGAAAAUGAUAUUGUGUUUAUUUUUGUUUACGAAUUAAAACAACUCUAAUAUUUAGUGAUGAUCUGAUGAUCAGAAGCACAAACUGGCACUAAAUAAUAAUAAAUUAAACAACAAUCGCACUUUAAUUGUUUAUCAAUAACGAAAGUAAAGAUUAUAAAAAGUGGAUUAAAUGAAGAAAUUAAGAUAAAUAUGUAAACAACAAAUGAAAAAAAUUAUUUGCACAAUAGAAUAUUACUUUCAAAGUAAUCAAUUGUAAAAAAAAGAAGUGAUUAAAUAAUACAUCAAAAUAAAUUAUAUCAAAUGUA